AUGCUGCGAUCAUCGCUACGGUCCGUGAGGGUGCCCGGCAGCGGUCGCCUCGCGGCGCCUGCUGCUCGUCAAUGGCCCAUUGCGGCGUCGAGAGGAGCUGGCCUGCUGGCAACGAGGUCUUUUGCCGACCAGAAGAAGGCAAACGACGACGUGUCCAAGGCACCAGUGCUUCCGACGUCGGAGACGCUGAGCUCGGAGCGAAGCGCCGUCCCCGCUGACCUCGGCGAGUCGAAGCCUCGAGGUGUCGAUCACGUUCCUCGAACGCCCCCGACGGCUCCGGAAGCGGCCAACUCUCGGCCCCGACCGACGACGACGAUGGACGAUGUUGGCGAGUCCAAGGUCAUGGCCGCCGCUGCCGGCCUCGAGGCCAAGGUGCCGAGAAAGAAGGGGUUCUUCCGUAGGCUGCGGAGCUUCGUCUUCACCUUGAUUCUCCUCGGCGCCGUCGGCUUCGGCGGAGGCGUCUGGUACUCGCGCGUCAACGACAAAUUCCACGACUUCUUCACCGAAUACAUUCCCUUCGGAGAGCAGGCUGUUCUCUACCUCGAGGAAAUGGAGUUUAGGAAACGGUUUCCGGACUCGGCGAGGGGUGAUGCAAAGUCCCGCGACGGCGAGCGUCAGGUGAGGAUUCCCGCUCAGUCCGGCGCUUCGUGGAGAGUGGCCGACAGCGGUGAGCAUUCCGGCCGUCAUUCGAGCGCCAAUCCGGUGCCCAAAAAGCCGGCGGUCAAGCAGCCUGUGAAGCAGGCCGAGUCGCCGAAAGAGGCGGCCAAGAUUCCACCACCACCGAAACCGGUUGCCUCGGAGGCUGCUCCUGCGGCGGCCAAGGAGGCCGUCCGUGAGAACAUGGAGAAGAAGGAGUCGGCCGGCAAGGCCUUCAAGGCGCCCGAGGUGGACGAACCGUCCCGGCUCCCGCCCUUGCCACCGAUCGACCUCAUGGCCUUGCCGGAUGCCAAGGAGCCCGUCGUGCGCGAUCUCGUCCACAUGCUCAACGACCUGAUCAUCGUCAUCAACGCCGACGGUGCGCACGGCAAGUACGGCACGACCAUCAACAAGGCCAAGGAUGAAAUGGCCAAGAUCGGCGACCGGCUCCGCGUCAUGAAGGAUGGCAUCGAGAAGAAGGCGGCUCGCAGGGUCAACGCGACGGUGCAGGAAUUCGACAAGGCCGCCAACGACAUCGUCAGGCGCGUCGAGGGCACCAUGGUGGCCCAAGAGGUCGAGUGGCGGCGCGAGUUUGAGGAGGAGAUGGUCAGGGUGCGCGAGAGCUACGACGAGCGAGUCAAGCUCCUGCUCGAACGCGAGCAGAAGCUCAACGAGGAGAGGCUUCACAACCAGCUUCUGGAGCAGGCGCUGGCCCUCAAGAGGGAGUUUGUCCAAGAGGUCAGGGACCGGGUGGAGAAGGAGCGCGAGGGCCGUCUCGGCAAGCUGACGGAGCUCUCGUCGGCCGUCGCCGACCUCGAGAAGUUGACGGUGGGGUGGAACGACGUGGUCGACACGAACCUGAAAACGCAGCAGCUUCACGUCGCCGUCGAGGCCGUGCGCGCCAGCCUCGAGGACUCGCAGCACCCACGGCCCUUCAUCCGCGAGCUCGUCGCGCUCAAGGAAAUCGCCGCCGAGUCGCCCGUGGUCAACGCGGCCAUCGCGUCGGUCAACCCGACGGCCUACCAGCGGGGCAUCUCGACAUCCUCGCAGCUGAUUGACAGGUUCCGCCGCGUCGCCGGCGAGGUCCGGAAAGCGUCCCUGCUACCCGAGGAUGCCGGCGUCGCGAGCCACGCCUCGAGCUGGGUUCUGAGCCACGUCCUGUUCAAGAAGGACGGCCUCGCCGGCGGUCACGACGUCGAGAGCAUCCUCACGCGCACCCAGACCUACCUCGAGGAGGGCGACCUGGACUCGGCCGCGAGAGAGAUGAACAGCCUUCAGGGCUGGGCCAGGACGCUCAGCAAGGACUGGCUGGGCGAGGUGCGAAAGGUGUUGGAGGUGCAGCAGGCACUCGAGGUCAUUGCCACCGAGGCACGACUGCAGAGCUUGAGGCUGGAUCAAUAG